AUGGCCACCAGCUCCACUCCCACCAAAAUGACGCACCGUUUCUUGGGUGACUCUGGCCUCCUGGUCUCCAAGCUGUCGCUCGGCUCCUGGAUGGGCUACGACGAAAAGUACACGGUCGACGGAUGGUAUGAGAUGGUCAAGAUCGCGUACCAGCACGGCGUCAACUUGUACGAUACGGCCGAGAUUUAUGGCAACGGCCAAGCCGAGGAGCUUCUUGGUGGUGCCAUCAAGAAGGGCAUAUCCGAAGGACUCUGGAGUCGCGAGGACCUCGUCAUCUCCACCAAAAUCUUCAACGGAUCCAAGGGAUUCACGGAUGGCGGCCCCAAUGACCAGGGCAACAGCCGCAAGCACAUCGUUGAGGGGAUCAAGGCUUCCCUUAAACGCCUCGAUCUCGACUACGUGGACGUCAUUUUCUCGCACCGCCCAGAGCCCUACACGCCCAUUGAAGAGACUGUGCGAGCCAUGAACUUUGUCAUCAACCAGGGCUGGGCCUUCUAUUGGGGCACCAGUGAGUGGCUGGCAUCGGAUAUCCGUGAAGCUUGCGAGAUUGCGGACCGUUUGGGCCUGAUCCGUCCCAUUGUGGAGCAAGCGCAAUACAACAUCUUUGUACGGAGCAAAGUGGAGUUCGAGUACCUGGACUUGUACAAAAAGUACAAGCUGGGACUCACGACGUGGUCUCCUCUGGCGUUUGGCACGCUGACAGGGAAGUACAGUGACGGCAAACCCGAAGGAUCGCGCUAUACUUCUCCCAUGUUUAAAGAGGACAGUCCCUUUGCGGCGGGUUUCGCGGAGCGUGUGGAGAUGGCGGACAAGUUGAAACCGAUUGCCAAGGAGCUCGGCUGCUCGCUCGCUCAGAUGUCCAUGGCCUGGGCUGUGGCCAAUGAACACGCGUCGACUGUUCUGAUAGGCGCUAGUCGCCCCUCGCAGUUGGAGGAGAAUCUGAAGGCGCUGGACUUUGUCGACAAGAUCACUCCGGAGGUCAGGGCCAAGAUUGACGAGGUGGUCAAAUUUGUGCCGACGGUGUCGGAGAUGGACCAACUCGCGUUGCUUCGUGGACGUCACUUGUAA